CGCAUGCCAUGGCCUUCACCAUGCUGCGCCCCGUGGCCGCCCGCGUGCUCUACCCCGACCUGGGCCUGCUCUCGGAGGACGAGGAGAACCGCAGCGAGAGCGACGCGUCGGAGCAGUCGCUGGGCUGCUGCGAGGGCGCCGAGCCGCGCCGCAAGCCGCCCCGCAAGCCGGGGCCGCUGCUCGUGGUGAAGCAGCGGCAGGCGGCCAACGCGCGCGAGCGCGACCGCACGCAGAGCGUCAACACGGCCUUCACGGCSCUGCGCACCCUCAUCCCCACCGAGCCCGUGGACCGCAAGCUCUCCAAGAUCGAGACUCUGCGCCUCGCCUCCAGCUACAUCUCGCACCUGGCCAACGUGCUGCUGCUGGGCGAGGGCGGCGAGGACGGGCAGCCCUGCUUCAGUGCCAUCUACGGCGCCAAGGGCGACCGCGACRGCAAGCAGCCCCGCAGCAUCUGCACCUUCUGCCUCAGCAACCAGCGCAAAGGGGGCGGCCGGCGGGAGCUCGGCGGCGGCUGCCUCAAGGUGCGCGGGGUGACGCCCCUGCGCGUGUCGCGGAGGUGA